AUGGCGUCUGGGGUACAGUCAACGCCGUCCGCAGAUGUUCUGGACCGGAAAAUGAUCAAUGAAGUGGACCAGUGGAUCGAACAGCUUUACGAAUGCAAACAAUUAACUGAAAAUCAAGUCAAAACCUUAUGCGAGAAGGCGAAAGAGAUUCUUGAAAAAGAAUCCAACGUGCAAGAGGUGCGGUGCCCGGUGACCGUUUGCGGAGAUGUUCACGGGCAAUUCCAUGAUCUCAUGGAAUUGUUCAAGAUGGGCGGUAAAAGCCCUGACACGAACUAUCUUUUCAUGGGUGACUAUGUUGAUCGUGGUUACUAUUCUGUAGAAACUGUUAGUCUACUGGUUUGCUUAAAGAUCAGGUAUAAGGAGAGGGUCACUAUUCUUCGUGGAAAUCACGAAUCUCGGCAAAUUACUCAGGUUUACGGGUUUUAUGAUGAGUGCCUACGCAAGUACGGUAAUUCCAAUGUCUGGAAAUACUUCACAGAUUUGUUCGACUGUUUCCCACUCACAGCCCUAGUUGAUGGUCAAAUAUUCUGCCUACAUGGUGGACUCUCUCCGUCCAUCGAUACGCUUGAUCAUAUCAGAGCCCUGGAUCGCAUUCAAGAGGUAUCCUUUUCGACUAGCUUCAUUAUCCCAAUUCUUAACUCUUGUCGACUUAUUUUCGUA